AUGAUUAAGCGACUGAUGGACAGCGAAGACGCGGCCAUCGAUUCGAUGAAACGAUGGGAGGAAAACAAGUUGUGGGAUAUUAUACUCUUUCCGCUCUCACCCUUUGUUAGACCACUACUGCCUUACGGAGACAUCAAUUUAUCACGUUUUGUCGAUAACAUGGACGCAGACGUGUUGAUCAAGCCGCGCUCUGCCUUUGAAUUCAUCGACUGUUGGGAUAGUAUUAUAUAUCUUUCAGUCGUAUUGUCUUUGAUAUCAAUUGGAGUGAUGUUUGGUCUGAGGUAUCGAUCGGUCACUCGAUGUCUACAAACCAUUUGGACAUUUUCGGCGGUCAUUCUCUCCGAUACUUUCCAUUUGAAAAUAGUUGAGACAUGUAUUGAUCGCAUGUUUGCCGGCAUUUGGCUAUUGGUUUGUACGCUAUUAUUAUCGCUAUAUUCGGGCGAUUUGUACGACACUCUUAUGAGGGGUCAGUCGUACCAUAAGUUGGAAAACAAAUACCAAUUAUAUACUGAUCCGAAUUAUAAGGAUAGCCAGAUAUGGCUCUAUAACUCGGAUGUCAUUGAAUACAUUGUUAGCAAUGAUAACGAAAUGACCGCCAGUUUGAUUGAACGCAUCAAAGCUUACGGAUGGUUAGAGACCGCAACCGACCCAUUGAUUCAAUUAAACAUUGUGUUAACCGUAUUGGAAGAGAAGCACGUAUUGGCUGUACCCAAGUUUGGUGCUUAUUAUAUGCUUAAUACAGUCCUGAAAUACUUUCCCCGUUUACCAAUGCAUGAGUUAUAUAAACACUAUUACGACGGGUAUAUGUCUGGAGGUAUGGCUGGUGUCGGGCUAUAUGUGUCCGAUUCGUCCAACAAUACAAUGCUUUACAAAAUGGGAAUUAAUGCUCAAACAUUAGAUCAGAAUUUUACCAACAAUUUUGAUAAAAUAUUAUGUGGUCUUCAAGAGAGCGGUGUCUAUGACAAUGAAGUGAAGCGAUCGCUGAAACCCAAUGGAUAUGAGGCCGACAUCACAGACCAACCGAAGCCAACACUAGUUAUCCCUUCCGUAAACAUCACUGACUUGAGGGGCCUAACCUAA